CUGUUAAGCUUCCGACUGCUCAAUGGUCCUCACACACAUUUUUUCUUCUUUUUCAUUGCUCUUUUAUAUCUGGCUACUGAGUUAUUAUUUACAUUAUUAAAUUCUUAUCCUUUCUCCUUCAUUUUCCUCUCCUUGCCUUGUUGUGCUUGGAUCUAAGAAUUGAUAAUGGCGACAAACAGAGCUGAAGGAAAGAGGAGCUUGAGGGAGAUUAGCGAGGAGGAUGAAGAGGAGAUCACUGAAGAAGAAGACAGUGCUGGAGAGGAUGAUAAGAGCAAAAAGAAAGGGAAGAAAGGAUUAUUAUCCGGUCCAAGCCGGUCAACAACGCCGGUUUCUUGUCAGGCAGAGGAUUGUGAUACCAAUAUGACUAAUGCUAAGCCCUACCACCGGCGUCACAAGGUCUGUGAACACCACGCCAAGGCUCCGGUCGUCGCUGUCGCCGGAAUACAACAGCGGUUCUGCCAGCAAUGUAGCAGGUUCCACGAACUAUUGGAAUUUGAUGACAAUAAAAGGAGUUGUCGAAGGCGUUUGGCAGGGCAUAACGAGCGGCGUCGGAAAAGCUCGUCUGAAUAUCAUGGAGAAGGCUCAGUCUGAGUAGAGGAUUAUUAAUAUGGGAAGUAGGUAUAAUCUUUCUAAUGCAUGCUCUCUCUCUUCUGUCAAUUUUAAGCUGGUCAUUGAGCAGCAAUUGCAAAUUUGCAACUAUUCACUAUCUUAGGAAUAAAUUUAAAAAAACUGCAAUAUAUUCAGUAACUAUUCCUUGGAGACCAUAUAUGACAGAUGCAAUCUAUGAUUAUAUAAGCUGCAUAUUUUGACUUCAA